UAGUUCAGGAAUGCCGGUAGGCUAAAGUUUCAAGUACGAUUGGGACAGAGACAGUCAUGUAAGUGGGGACUUGCAGUGAGAUAGAAGAAGAAGAAGAUCCUUCGAGGCGCAUCUUCAUUUACUCAUAGUUCAGUUGAUUCUGCUUCGACUAACCAGUGAGUGUUACAUGCCGACUAAACGCUGUUGCUGCAGUUAUUGCUCAAUAGGACAGAAUAGAUUUUGAAUAACAAUAAAACGCCUUCUUAACAAGUCGCACCCGAAAUCUAGUGAGAUGCAUUGCGCUAGUGCUAACGUGUUGGCCGGUGUAAUAAGCCUACUUCUUUCAAGUUUGCAGUUUAUCUCAGUGAAAGGUCAAUUCCAACAGCCAGGGCCAAGCCCCAGACCGACAGGAGCCGUGGGAUGUCCAGAGAGAAAUGGGCGCUUUACGGUUCCUUCACAAUGUGAUGCCUACAUAGAAUGUGAAGAGGGAAUAGGCCAACAAAAGUUGUGUCCUGAUGGUCUCCUAUUUAACUCAAAGGCCCGAUUUUUUAGCUACCCUUGCCAGUAUCCUGCUGAGGUCGACUGUGAGGGCAGAACUGGAGUGCAGCCAGCUCAACCGACAGCAGAUUGUCCGCAUCAGUUUGGCUACUACAGAGAGGGAGAUGCCAACAACUGUGGCAAAUUCAAGAGCUGCUCAAAUGGAGUCGGUCACAUAUUCGACUGCCCCGAGGGACUGGCCUUCAACGAGCGAUCUCUGCGCUGCGAUUGGCCCGAUCAAGUAGAUACAUGCAAUGCUGAGGCUUUCCUCGGAUUCACGUGUCCGAACGUUGGUCAAGACAACUCUCUGUUUAAUACGGACGGCUACCAGUACUUCAGGAGUCCGUCCAAUUGCCAAAAGUAUUUUCUCUGCAUCAAUGGCCGUCCUCGGCUUUUCAGCUGUGGAGAGGGACAAGCUUUCAACGACCUCAUCAAUUCCUGUGAUGGCUUGGAAAAUGUUACUGGCUGUGGUGCUACAGGCGGUCGCCAGACUUCCUUCGGUUCCCCAGGAUUCAGUCCAAAGCCGAUUAUUGCACCAACACCAACAUUCAGUCCGACACAGAGUUUCGGACAAAAUGCCGGAUUUGGACAGUCUUCUGGUUUUGGCCAGAAUUCUGGAUUCGGAUCAGGAUCUUCAGGAUUCGGACAGAGUUCCGGAUUUGGGUCAGGAUUCAGACAGAACCCUGUAUUCGGACAGAGCUCUGGAUUUGGAGCGGCACCUCAACAGCAGUUCAGUCGCCGGCAACGAUUCAAUGCGCCCUCGCCUUCUUCUUUACAACUGCGUGCCCAGCAUGGCCACGCCCACGCGCAGUCGCAGAGGGCCGACAGUCAGGCGCAGUUCAGAAAUUUCGAUGGUCUGCUGACACUAGGAGGCCCGCAGAGGUUCAACCUGUUCUCCGGCAAUACUUUCGAUAAUAACCUGCGUCGUAAUUGAUUGACAAUAUCCUUCAAAAUAUGUUUUUUGAUUCUCAAAACUCAAUUUGAGAUUAAUUCUACUGAAAUUUAGGUUAUACAAUGCCAUAACGUUUCUGUAAUUAUUGAAAACAUGUUAAUUCAAUUACAGAAUGCCAUCCAAUGGGGAUUUCCGGUUAAGAUAUGGCACAUAUUAUGAGUAACACUCAUCCAAUGCCAGUAAUACUGUAGUUGUAAUACCGUAGAGUAGUCCAUCUAUUUUUGAGUGAUGGUGGUUUUCAUGCUCAUUCCAAGAUACAACAUAAUCAAUCACCUAGAAUUUACUUAACGUCUUCGUUUUAAAGUAGGCCUACUGCAUUUAUAUGGUUAUCUCCAGCCAGUUAAAAUUUAUCCUUAGACAAAUUGUCUCAUUUCCUUUAAACAAAAUUCUCUAUUACAUUAUAGAUCAUUAAAGUCAUCUAUAGCCUAUUUAAAAAGCAAAAUAAAUAGCCUGAAUAUAUGGACGAGAAUUAGCAAGAUUGAUAUCAAUAAUACAGUAGUGAUUGCAUGAACUCUGAAAUAAAGGCAUUAUUAUAUUUUAUGAUAUAGUUGAAAUGAACCGUUUACGAAUGAGGAUUAUACCUGAAUAUUCAGAAUGAAAAAAAUAUUAUGAAGAAAUGCCAUUUAUUAUUAUUUAUUGUGAAAUCUGAUGACAAAAUUGUUCUAUGAAUUAUUAUUGCAUAAUUUUCAAGAUCUGGAAUACUAAAAUACAAACUUGAAUGUGGAGGCAAUACGGAAUAUAUAUUUGAUCAAAAUACAAUCAGAUAGACUACCUAAUUAUUUGGAAUAUUGAAAUUUAUUUUAUCUAAAAAAGAAACUGUAAAAACUCGAGACUUCAUGGUGACAUAUAUACAGGCCUCUCAUGGUAGUUGUUUAAAUUGAAAUAGAAAUUCUUUAUAUGAGAGAAUUUAAUAUUUUAAGUUUAUGAAAGACAUAGCCUACAUGCAGUUUCAGCAAUUACAAUAAAUAAUCUGUUGAACUGAUAUAAUAAGUUACUUGACCAAAAUUGGAUAAAUCGGCUUCAUAUGCGAUAGUUUUGUAAAUUUUGUGAAUAUUGGAGGAAAAUUAAUCAGGAAAGGAAUUUUGUGACAAAUGUCUCAGAGCUUUACUUACUACUAGAACAAUAUUUUGUUCCCAGACCACCAUAACAGUAAUUUGAUAAAAUUUCACGGGUUUGACUUACUUGAAGCACCAAUAAAUUGAAAUUGAUAAAAUAUUAUUGUAUAUUUUGUAUUUGGUUUUUGUGCAAUACAUUAUUUGUUGUAGUCUAUAUGCAACAGACAAACAUUUGUCUGGCCAAUUCAAAAUUUGUGCUGCUUGCAUUUGAGUUUGCUGAAAACUAUUGAUCUAUAAUAAUUAAUUUACACUUCCAAUUUGUAAAUAGUAAUAAUUACUAAUGAUUAUCAUAAAUAUUAGCUAGAGAAAUAAGAUAAAUUUGACUAGAUUGGAUUAAUAAUCACUAUAACUUAUAACCCUGAAUAUCCAUCCACGAGAAGAGAAAAAGGGAUCAGGAUAUUUUCGAAUUAUUAUGAAUUCUAUCACAUUUAAUGUUUCGAUUGGUCAUAUUAUAAUCAUAUUACGUUAUAAUUAUUAUUGUAUCUGUGGGUUAUUCUAUUACAAUAUUGAUACUGAAAAAAAAUUGAUUAUAAUUUGAUUGCGCUUGAUAAAAGUUAAAUUUGUACAAUUAAAAUAGAAAUCAAUUCCAACAGAAGAUAAGUUAUUGUAGAAUGCACUCUGUAUGUUAUUUAUAAAUACAUUUUAACUAGUAAUAGCAAUUACAAAAAAUGUGACUACGUGGUAGAUGAACAAAAAAAACCCAACAAUAAGUGAUAAGUGAUCUUAAUACAAGAAUAUUAAUGAAUUAAACAAGAAUGUUAUUGAGAUUUUUCAGGAUAAGUAGUUUCAAUCGUUUAAUAAUUAUUGGAGCUGUAACAGUUAUUAAAAAUGUACCUACAAUAUACACACAAAUGGUUCAAAUAAAAGGAAAAAUGUAGUAGUGUUGUGAAUAAAGUUUAAGAAUAAUCUAUAUCUAUCAGAAAGUUGAAAUUCAUUUUUGUUUGAGUUAUGAAUAUAAGUGGUGCUGAAUCACUAACACAAUACAAUGUAGUGUGACAGGAACGUAAAAAUAAAAGAGUACUAG